UUGUGCGUGCCUGUGUUUUCCCCCACCCCCACCCCCCGUUCUGCGGGAGCGGCGGCAGCCGGGACGCCCCGUCUCUUCUGCUGGUCAGGUGAGGCGAAGCGAAGGCGUUGGGCCAGGCCGAGGGAGCCAUCGCCGGCGGCUGCCGCAGCCGUGAGGUCGCGCUGUUCGCAGCAAGCGAGGGGGAAGAAGCGGCAAGACGGAGAAGGGGGGGAAGAAACCUUCGGAGCUGCCCCCCAACAGGAGGAGGAGUCUCGGCGCCAGGCCCAGGCGCAGCCCCGGCACCGGCGGCAGCAUGGAGAACUCGCAGCUAUGCAAGCUGUUCAUCGGCGGCCUGAACGUGCAGACCACGGAGGCCGGGCUGCGGGAGCACUUCGCGGCCUACGGUACCCUCACCGACUGCGUGGUGGUGCUCAACCCGCAGACCAAGCGCUCCCGCUGCUUUGGCUUCGUCACCUACUCGGCGGUGGAGGAGGCCGACGCCGCCAUGGCCGCCUCCCCCCACGCCGUGGACGGGAACGCGGUGGAGCUGAAGCGGGCCGUGUCCCGGGAGGACUCGGCCAAACCGGGGGCUCACGCUAAGGUGAAGAAGCUCUUUGUGGGCGGCCUCAAAGGGGACGUAGGCGAAGGGGACCUGGUGCAGCAUUUCAGCCAGUUCGGCCCCGUGGAGAAGGCCGAGAUCAUCGCCGACAAACAGAGCGGGAAGAAGCGCGGCUUCGGCUUCGUCUAUUUCCAGAACCACGACGCCGCCGACAAGGCGGCCGUGGUCAAGUUCCACCCGAUCCAGGGCCACCGCGUGGAGGUCAAGAAGGCCGUGCCCAAGGAGGACAUCCAGUCGGGCGGGGGAGGCGGCGGCUCUUCCAGGCCCUCCCGGGGAGGCAGAGGAGGAGGAAGGGGUCGGGGCGGCGGCGGAUCCGGCAACCGGGAUCACAACGGCCUUUCCAAAGGAGGCGGCGGUUACAAUAGCUACGGCGGCUACGGUGGAGGAGGCGGCGGCGGCGGCGGUUACGGCUCCUAUGGCAGCGGCUCCUACGGAGGCGGCGGCGGAGGGGGAGGCGGCGACUACGGCAACGGGUACGGCGGGUUCGGCAGCUACAGCCAGCACCAGUCCUCCUACGGCCCCAUGAAGAGCGGCGGAGGAGGUGGAGGAGGGGGCGGCAACUGGGGGGGCCGCAGUAACAGUGGACCGUACAGAGGAGGCUAUGGUGGGGGAGGCUACGGGGGCGGCUCUUUCUGAGCUGGAGCGCCCAUACCCAUUGGGGGGUGGCGUGGAGAGCCCUCCCGUUGAUACGGGGCAGCUUCUAAAUGGUUUCUCCCCUCAUUCGCCGAAGGGCAGCUCCUUUUAAAUGCCCCCCCGCUGUGGGGGCAGCUCCUGAAUGCCCCCUGGGGGUCGCCUCUGCUGCCUGUGCCACUUCGUUCUCUCUGAAGAUGGACUGGGCCCCACAUACACAUACUUUGUGUUACAGUCAUUGAUGGACUCUAUUUUUUUAUUAUUACUUGGACCUUGGUCGUUUUUAUACUAGCAACGAAAAAUGUCUUGUUUUAAUUUGUUUUUUGGGGGUACGGGGUGGGAAGUGUCUUGCUGAUCUGGAGUAAAAACUGGGGAGGGUUACGGGGGAAUUUCCUUUGUUGUAAGGACUCGAUACCUGGCUACUACAUUUUUUUCUACAAAGUCUACUCGGAUCCCAUGACUGAAAUUAACAUUUCUGUAAAGGAGGAAAAAAAAUCGUUUUUACGUUUUUUAUUUUUUAAAUAAAUCAUUGUGUUCAUUGACCUUUACAUGUCUAAUUUUUUUUCCUAGGAUCCAUUCCGUACGGUUUUAAGGCUUUUCUAGGUUUGAAGCAAGUGUUCCUCUGCUUUAAAAUCUCUGUGUACUUAGAGUAAGUAUUUUAUUGCCAGUAAAGGUCCUAACUGACUUUUUUGCUGCCCCCUUAGUGGAUUUAUUGGUUUUCAGACACUCGACAGAGAAAUUUUUGAAGUACUGAUCCGUGGAUGUGGUCUGUUUUUUAAAUAUUUGUUCUCACUUAUGCAGUUUGUGUGCAUCCACCAUCUUGUACUAGGCAUUUUGAUGUGCUGACAUGGUUGGUCAGUUUUUUCUAUAGGACUUUUCCAUCAGCGUAUGUACUGUGUAGUUUUGAAGAAAUAGUUUGUGUUAAGCAUGUGCUUCAUUCAUAUAAAAUGUUCAGAAUUUCCAAUUGCUUAGUUUCCAAGUCCUCUUAUCGGUUUGUCUGUGUAUGAUUCCUUCCAGGAAAGGGUCGACAUUUAUCCCUUCUAUUAAACGCAUACUUGUUUUCGUAGUACCGGGUUAACAGACUUUUCACUCUGAACUAUUGUCCUUCGUUAAAGUUCCCCGAGAAUCUCUGGCAGCACCAUCUACCGACAGGAUGGCAGCCCCUUGCUGCAGGCUUCGUUACAGCAGGAGUAAAAUUGGUUCGCUAACAAUUGUACUAGACUUUUGAAAGUUAUUUUAUGCCACUAGAUGACUGGUGUAGAAUGCAAUGACAUCUGCAUGUGAAUAAAGAUGGGCUCCAUGAGUACUGACUGGAAAAAAGGAAUGGAUUUGCAAUACCUGCCUCAGCACGUAUUCUUUUUUUAAAAAUAAUUGCAAUUGCCCGUAUUUCAAAGAGCGAUAAUCUAAACUACAUGGGCAAAGUGCUACGAUAAAUGAGCCAGCUAAGUGUACCAGUAACAUAGCUGCCAGUUGUAAAGCAAAAAUAUCUGUGUAGUCUGCUUGAUUAACAAAUGUAUAUUUGUAGCCCUUUCACGCAAUAGAAUUAAAGUUUGUUGUUUAUUAAAAAGCAUAAUGUUUUAGGGGAAAACUGCCUUCCUGCAUAGAAAUAUAGAAUAGCA